AUGAGAACAAUACCAAAAUGGGCAGAUAAAAUACAAGAUGCCGAUAAAAAUGUUCAAUGUGUUUAUGAUUUAUGUUUCCAUCCAAAAGGAAAUUUAAUUGUAGCUGCUGGGCUACAAGUUUUAAUAUAUUCCACCGAGGAUGGGUCAUUAUUGCAUGCUUUAAAAGGCCAUAAAGAUAUUGUCUAUUGUGUAUGCUGUACCAAAGAUGGGAAAAAAUUGGCAUCUGGGAGUGCUGAUAAAACUGUGAUUAUAUGGAAUUCAAAAUAUGAAGGAAUUUUGAAAUACUCUCAUAAUGACGCUGUCCAAUGUUUAGCAUACAAUCCAACAUCUAGCUUAUUAGCUUCAUGUGCCAUCUCCGAUUUUGCACUAUGGUCCCAGGAGCAAAAAUCUGUACAAAAAUUUAAAAUUAAUGCCCGAAUUAAUGCAUGUUCUUGGACAAAUGAUGGUCAAUAUUUAGCUCUAGGAUUAGGCAACGGAUCUGUAUCAAUAAGAAACACAUUAGGUGAAGAAAAAGGACGUAUUGAUCGACCAGGUGGAUUGGAGGCUUCCAUAUGGUCGUUACAAUGGAGUCCAAAUAAAGAUGAUGGCGAUAUACUUUGUGUAACUGAUUGGAAUAAAAAUAUAGCAUUCUAUUCACUGAGUGGAAAAUUAGUUGGUAGAGAAAGAGCAUUAGAUUUUGAUCCAUUAUGUGUAUCAUACUUUUCUGGCGGCGAAUAUAUUUUGGUUGCUGGUACAAAUAAAGCUUGCACAUUAAUGACAAAAGAUGGCAUUAAAUUAGGUAAUGUUGGUGAUGUACAAAAUCAUUGGAUCUGGUGUUGUGCAGCUCAUCCAUCGUCGAAUUAUGUGGUAAUUGGUUGUCAAGAUGGUACUUUAGCAUACUAUCAACUGGUAUUCAGUACCGUUCAUGGAUUGUAUCAAGAACGAUAUGCAUUUCGUGAAAAUAUGACAGAUGUUAUUAUUCAACAUUUAAUUACAGAUCAAAAAGUACGAAUUAAAUGUCGAGAUUUAAUUAAGAAAAUUGCUAUUUAUAAGGAUCGUUUAGCGGUUCAAUUACCCGAACGUAUUGUUAUUUACGAAUUAAACGCUACAGAACCAGACAGUAUGCAUUACAGAGUUCGAGAGAAGAUAAGUCAAAGUCUAGAUUGUAGUUUACUGGUUGUAUGCUCUGAACAUUUAGUUGUAUGUCAAGAACGACGUCUUCUUGGUUUAAUGUUUUCUGGUGAACGUUAUAGAGAAUGGAUGAUGGAUAGUCCAAUACGAUACAUAAAAGUAGCUGGUGGUCCACCAGGAAAAGAAGGUUUAAUUUUAGGUUUAAAAAAUGGUCAGAUUUGGAAAAUUUAUUUAAAUGAUCCAAUGCCCAUUUUAAUUUUAACAAUAUCAGCGCCCGUACGAUGCUUGGAUUUAAAUUGUAUGAGAAAUAAAAUUGCUGUUGUUGAUGACAAUUGGUUGUGCCAAGUCUUUAUUAUGGAAACUGCUGAGCUACUAUUUGCGGAACAUGACACAAAUAGUGUUGCUUGGAAUACCAAACAUGAAGAUUUACUAAGUUUUUCCGGCGAUAAAUCAUUAGGGUUACGCUUAAUCAAUUUCCCAGCACAUCGACGUUGUCAACAAGGUUUAGUAGUUGGAUUUGUUGGCAACAAAGCUUUUUGCCUACAAGGUAAUAUUAUAACAAGUGUUCAAUUGCCUGUAUCGGCGGCGAUGUAUCAAUGUAUUGAUAAAAAAAUGUUUGUGGAGGCGUAUAAAAUUGCUCAUUUAGGAGUUACUCAAACUGAUUGGGAAGAAUUAGGUUCGGUGGCUUUAGAACAAUUACAGUUAGAUAUUGCACAAAAAUCUUACAUGUAUUUACAAGAUAUUCAUCAUUUGAAUUUGAUUAACGAUUUACAAGAACAACAACGUAAAGGUGAAAAUAACCAAGAACUUUUAAAAGCACAAGUUUUAGCAUUUCGUGGUCGGUUUAAAGAAUCAGCUAGAUUGUAUCAACGUUCUGGCCAUGCACAUAGAGCUGUUACAAUGUAUACGAAUCUACGAAUGUUUGAUUUAGCUCAGGAUUAUAUAAGUGUAGAUAGUAAUACUGAUAAUAAAAGUUUAAUACGACAAAAAGCUGAAUGGGCAAAGAAUAUUAAUGAACCAAAGGCAGCAGCUGAAAUGUACCUAUCAAUUGGUGAUACACGAAAAGCCAUUGAAAUUAUGGCUGAACAUAAUUGGAUUGAAAUGUUGGAAGAUAUAGGUCGACGACUUGAUAAAGCUGAUCGAACUAAUUUAAUAUUAGUUGCUGAACAUUUACGACGUUUAGGUGAAACCACUGCCGCUGGAGAAUUAUAUCGACGUUUAGGUGAUGAUAGUGCUUUAUUAACAUUAUACGUUGAAGCACACCAAUGGCCACAAGCUUUUGCAUUAGCCGAACGACAACCAGAACAUAAACAUUUAGUUUACGUGCCAUAUGCUCAAUGGUUGGUUGAAAAUGAUAAGUUUCAUGAAGCACAAAUAGCAUUUCAUAAAGCGGGCCAACCGGAUGAAGCAUUUAAAGUAUUAAAUCGUUUAAUUGAGAACGCAUUAAAUGAGAAACGUUACAACGAUGCUGGAUACUUACAUUGGAUAUUAGCACGACAAUGUCUAGAAUUGGCUGAAAUGAAUGAGAACAAUAAACAUAAUCAUAUUAAUAAAUUUUAUGAAAAUCAACGAAUGGCUGCCAUUUAUUAUGCAUACAAUACAUUACAUCAGUAUAUUGAACAACCAUUUACCUCAUAUAUACCGGAAGCACUUUUUAAUAUUGCACGAUUUGUUAUGAAUGAAAUUAAAAAUUUUAAACCAAAAGGAAUAUCAGAAUUUACAAUUUUAUAUUCUUUAUCAAAACAAGCCAGAAUAUUGGGUGCACAUAAAUUAUGUCGACAAUUAUUAGAUAAAUUACGAUUACUACGUAUACCAAAUCGAUUCCAAGAACAAGUAGAAAUUGCAACAUUAACAGCAUAUACAAAACCGCAUAAUGAUCCUGAAGAUCUUUUACCAAUGUGCUAUCGUUGUUCCACUUAUAAUCCAUUAAUUGGGGAAGCGAAUAACAUAUGCUCACAUUGCCAUCAACCAUUUGUACAUUCAUUUGUUUCAUUCGAAGUGUUACCAUUGGUUGAAUUUUAUUUGGAAUCGGAUAUUAGUGAUGAUGAAGCUAUACGAUUAAUACAAGCACCGAUUGAGGAUAAUAAUAGUCCGUUAAUGGAACGAGAUAUUGAUGAAACACAGAAUACUUUAGAAAUUGAUAAUGGUAUUGUAACACAAGAUUUGUUUACAGCGAAAUUAACUAAAUUAGAAGAUGAAAAUGAUGGAUUUGUUCCUAUUAAAGUGAAUCGACCUACAUUACAAUCAAUGGAUCCAGCAACAGUUAUUAUAUGUAAAUGGCCGAGUCCUCUUCGUUAUCAAUUUUAUCGUAAUUUACUUCCUGAUUUACAAAUCAGUUUUUGUCAUUCCUGUUUUAAGACUUUUCACGUAGAUGAUUAUGAGUUACAAGUGCUACAAAAAGCACACUGUCCAUUUUGUAGGGCAUCAGCCGAAGUGUCUUAUGGAGAAAUUGCACGUGAAUUGGAAGAUACAAUUGAAUUCAAUAUUUAACAUUUUAAAAUCGUGACGCCAGGAUAAAAAAUAACAUGUUCUGUUAUUGUAAUCAAAUGAAAUAAAGAUUAAUCCGAAAGAAGAUUUUGAGGCUGAUAUACGGUUUCAUCUAUAAUACUCAAUAAUAGAUACAUAUUUAAUAGAAUACUCAACUUGUAUGUGAUUAAAUAC